UCUGGUUUAUAUUCAAAUGGGAGACAUGUUUGGUGAUGGUUUAACUAGAAACUUAGAAUGUACUUCCAUAAUUUUACGCACAUUGCAAUGUAAUAUUUCUGAUUAUUUUGAUUCUCAAUUACCAUUAU